AUAUUCGCUGCUGGGAUGCAGCCCACAUGUAUAGCAGUUGUCGUGCAUUGGGCAGCGAUGGCGUGGACGUCGACCCGAGGCCUCGCGCUUCAUGAGAAAUUGCCCAUCUUUGCGGCCAUGUUCCAGCAUCCGCCGACCACCGCGGUCCCAACCAGCCUUCAUGGGUGGUUUGACGCCAACCGGCUCGGUGCGCCCGACGCUAUAAGUCUCGUGACGCAGCUUUUACAGCAACCGUCCUUUGCACCCGAGGCCAUGGACUCGCGCAUCUUUCGGUGGGCGUGCCUCCAUGGGCAUGACGCGGCCGUCGCGGAGCUCGUGCGCGACCAUCGGGUCGACGUGACCGUCCAAGAUUUCUUUGGCGUGCGCAUGGCCCUCAAGCGCAACCGCGAUAUCGUCGACCUUCUCUGCGCACAGUACUCAAGCGUGGCGGAGGCUGUUUUCGACCUCGUCCAAGACACGUUCACGCAUGCGUGCCAUUAUGGACACCUCGACGCAAUCCAGUACAUGCUCGACGACCCGCGGCUCUUGCCCGCAACGAUGCACGAUGCGAUCGCGACGAUGGCCUUUAUCGACACAUACUGCGGGUUCACUAUGAUGUCGUGGCAGUCACAGCAUCACAUGACGCACAAGUCGACGCUCGCGGUCGUCGACCUCGUGCGGAAGCACCCGGCCUUCGACAUUGGCAAUCGGGACAGCCGCCUCUUUCGCUGGUACUGCCAUAUUGGCGACCUCGAGAUGGUGAAGGAGCUUCUAAAGCACCCACGAGUCGAUCCAAGUGCCAAGUCGAGUGCUGCGCUGAUGCUGGCGCGAUACAAUGAGCCCAUGACGGCGCUGCUGCUCGCUGACGGCCGCGUGGACCCCCUCGCCGCAGCGUCGAUCUCCAUCUUCUAUGAAUAACGUCGUCCCGAGAUGCGUUGUGUGCGUCUGCUCCAUGCAGCAAAGGCUUGUGCACCUCUUCACAA